AUGUCGAGUGGCUACAAGCUCUAUGAUUAUAAUCCUUCCGUGGGCGCGGCCAUAGUCUUUGCUGGAGUAUUCGCCGCAACCUCUGUGCUGCAUCUGUUCCAAAUGAUCCGCAGGCGGACCUGGUACUUUACACCCUUUAUCAUCGGUGGUUUCUUCGAAGCAUUUGGCUAUGUUGCGCGGUGGUACAGUGCCAAACAGACCCCGAAUUGGACGGUGAUGCCAUAUGUCGGUCAGGAGCUGCUGCUCCUCCUCGCCCCCUCCCUCUUCUCCGCCUCCAUCUACAUGCUGCUGGGGCGCAUCAUCCGCCUGGUCCAUGGGGAUUCGCGCUCGCUUAUCCGACCGAACUGGUUGACCAAGAUCUUCGUGACGGGAGACGUGCUCUCUUUCUUCAUCCAGAGCGGAGGUGGCGGCAUGAUGGCGAGCGCGAACUCGGCCAGCAGUGUUUCCCUGGGCAAUCGGAUUAUCGUGAUUGGUCUCAUCGUCCAGCUGGUUUUCUUCGGCUUCUUUAUCCUCGUCUCCAUAGUUUUCCAUCGCCGUAUGACCGCUUCCCCGACUCCGACCUCCCUCUCCAUCAGCAAUCCCCCAUGGUACACCUACAUGCGGGUCCUAUAUGUUGCCAGUGUUCUGAUCAUGGUUCGAUCGAUCUACCGUGUGGUGGAAUAUGUGCAAGGGUCCACGGGAGUGUUGCAGCAGCAUGAGAUCUACCUCUACAUCUUCGAUGCGGUGCUAAUGUUGUUGGUGUGUGUUCUUUUCAACAUUAUCCACCCAAGUCGCAUUCUGUCCAGCCGCCAACCGUACGGCAAGAUGGACUCGGAUCAGGUCGAGAUGCUGGAUCCGCGGAUGUGAUUGUUAAAGUGGUCGGUCGUGUUUUUAAUGGUUACAUUCUUGGGUCUCGCUCGGUUUGUUAUUUUCACGCGCACAUUUAUUACUCGAA